CCUAGAUUGACCUUCAUAAUGUUGACAGCUACAAUCCCUGACACAGAAGCGCAUGUGCACUCAACUUUUGCUUCUAGAUAUGUACGUACUCCUGUUCCCAGAUUCAAGAUGCCAGACAAGUCAAUGCCAAAGGAUGCGGCAUAUCAAGUAAUACAUGAUGAGCUGAUGCUAGAUGGAAAUCCCAGGUUGAACUUGGCAUCAUUUGUUACAACUUGGAUGGAACCUGAGUGUGAUAAGCUCAUGAUGGCUUCCAUCAAUAAGAACUAUGUUGACAUGGAUGAAUACCCUGUCACCACUGAACUCCAGAAUCGGUGUGUAAACAUGAUUUCUCAUCUAUUCCAUGCUCCGGUUGGGGAUGAAGAGACAGCAGUCGGUGUGGGGACUGUUGGUUCCUCUGAGGCUAUAAUGCUAGCUGGAUUAGCUUUUAAAAGGAAGUGGCAACAUAAGAGGAAAUUGGAGGGAAAACCCUAUGAUAAUCCCAACAUAGUCACCGGCGCUAAUGUGCAGGUUUGCUGGGAGAAGUUUGCAAGGUACUUUGAGGUUCAGCUGAAGGAAGUAAAGCUGCAAGAGGGAUAUUACAUAAUGGACCCUGAAAAAGCAGUUGAGCUAGUGGAUGAGAACACCAUCUGUGUAGCAGCUAUUCUGGGAUCAACGCUGACUGGAGAGUUCGAGGAUGUCAAGCUCCUCAACGACCUCCUUAUGAAAAAAAAUGAGCAGACUGGUUGGGACACCCCAAUCCAUGUAGAUGCUGCUAGUGGAGGAUUUAUUGCUCCUUUUCUUUACCCGGAUCUCGAGUGGGAUUUUCGCCUUCCAUUAGUGAAGAGCAUCAAUGUUAGCGGGCACAAAUACGGCCUCGUAUAUGCUGGUGUUGGUUGGGUUGUAUGGAGGGACAAAGAGGAUUUGCCUGAUGAUCUUGUCUUUCACAUCAACUACCUUGGAUCUGAUCAACCAACUUUCACCCUCAAUUUCUCCAAAGGCUCUAGUCAAAUAAUUGCUCAAUAUUAUCAGUUUCUGCGCCUUGGUUUUGAGGGCUACAAGAACAUUAUUGAGAACUGCAUGGAGAAUACAAGAGUGCUUAAAGAAGGAAUAGAGAAAACGGGGCGGUUUGACAUAGUGUCUAAGGAUGUAGGAGUGCCGCUGGUGGCCUUUACUCUAAAAGAUAGCAGCAAACAUACAGUGUUUGAGAUAUCUGAGAGCUUGAGAAGGUUCGGGUGGAUCCUUCCAGCUUAUACAAUGCCUGCAGAUGCACAGCACAUUGCUGUUCUCCGAGCUGUGAUCAGGGAGGAUUUCAGCCAUGGCCUGGCUAAAAGACUUGUCUCACACAUUGAGCAAGUUCUAAAGGAAAUGGACUCGCUUCCCAGUCGGCUCUCAACCAUUAGAGCUGUAGCUGAUGAUGGAUCAGGUGCGAAGCAGCACCAUAAAAAGAGCGAAAGAGAAACUCAAGAAGAGAUCUUUAGGUACUGGAAGCGGCUCGUAGAUCGCAAGAGACUUGGAGUCUGUUAGACCAUUGAAGAAAGGCCCCCAACAAUUAAUAUUUGCUUUCCGUAACAAGUUAUAUAUUGUGUUUACUUUGAAAUGAUUUUCUUGCCUAUUAUUCUCUGCUACACUUUUUCUUAUCAUGAAUAUUUUUUGUUUGAGUUUUCUUGUUCUUCACCAUUUAUUCCUUUCCCACAAUGAAUUAAGU